UUGCUCUCGUGUCUCACUCCGUCUCUUUCUCUAUCUCCCAGGGGAAGUGACUGCAGCCGAAAAGUCAAGAAUGUUCUGAUCACCAUCUACUGGUUGGGUCGUGCUGCCAACGGCUGUACCUCCUACAACGGUCCCACGCUGGACCUGAAAGAGUUUGACGGCCUGCUGUCACAGAUGCGAAAGGAGGCGGAGGAGGCAGAGAGCCCGAUACGCAGCAUCCGGGACAGCGGCUACAUCGACUGCUGGGACUCUGAGCGCAGCGACUCCCUCUCCCCGCCCCGCCACGGCCGCGAGGACUCCUUCGACAGUCUGGACUCCUUCGGCUCACGCUCACGACAGACCCCGUCGCCGGAUGUCCUGGUCCCCCGCGGCAGCAGCGAUGGUGAGCUCGCAGUACUCCAGCUCUUGCGCGCCCCGUCCUCUUUGUCGUUCUUUUUCUUGCGGAGGGGCGUUGGCACGUAUCCGCUCUGGUUGCUCUUGUUGGGCAGGUACUGGUUGAAGGGCAUGGCGGUGCGCGGCUCGCUGAUGGACGUCCGCCGUGUCGACAUGUCGUCCUUACGCACGUCUGGCAUCUUCCUGAUGAUAACCAGGCAGCAGUGCAUUUUAGUUUGCUUUGCUUUCUGCAGUACUCCAGCUCGCUCGUGCUCUGAGGAAUUCUUCCACCAUUCGACGACUCCGGCGGCUAAAUCUGCCGCAGCGAGCCCCGUCGCCUCGGGGAAACAUCCACCUGUGAGCGAGCCGGAGGAAGCGGCUGUGAGGAAGGGAGCCGCUGGUGUCCCGUUGGCCGCAGAUGCAGAGAAACAGGUCGGCCAAACGCUGACCUCUCCCAACACCACGAAUCCCCCGCACUUCCUUCCUGUGCCCGCUGCCGUGGCAACAACCGAUACAAGCCGGCGGAAGGGACGGGCGCUGAGCGAAAGUGGCGACCCAAAAGAAGGAAGCACUUUGCCAGAGAGCGGUCUUCCUGCAACAUUCAGCCGCACACACAGUGUGUCAGAUGACCCACAGAGUGUGAGUAUGAUUGACAUGCGAGAUGAGGAGGAGGCCAUGUUGCAGCCCCACAGUCAGGUGCGUCAUGAACUGAUGCUCAACCAGUACAACGAGAUGAAGGAAGAAGACGACCACUGGCAGGAUGACCUGGCUCGGUGGAAAAAUCGGAGGAGGAGUAUCUCCCAGGACCUGAUCAAGAAGGAGGAGGAACGGAAGAUGAUGGAGCAGUUGAUGUCAGGAGAAAUCUGUACCUCCCAUAGAAGGAAAAGCAUCAAGACAUACAGAGAGAUAGUGCAGGACAAGGAGCGUCGUGAGCUUGAGCUGCGGGAAGCGUACAGGAGAGCCAGAACUCCAGAGGAGGCGUCGGCCAUCCUCCAACAUUACGCCCAGCGCUUCUCCAUCAGUGAAUCGGUCAUGGAGCGCCUACAGUUGCCAAAUAUCCUGGACCGCAGUAUAUCUGCUGAUCCCUCUUUACCCAUCUCAUCCUUCCCUAUCUCCCUCUCCCCGAUGACCCCUGACCCCUUUGACGUUGACCCCCACGGGCCCCUGAGGUAUCUUCGACAGCAGUCGGCCCCGGCUCCUAAGUUCACGUCUACACUGGAGGCGCGGGUGGAGGAGUUUCCCAAGGAGCCCUCUCACCAGCGGCCUCAGAUCCGCUCCCGCUCGUCUGAGCCGCCGUCCAACAGAACCCUGUCGCCCAAACCGGUGCCUUUGCUGACGCCCAAGCCUUACUUCCAGCCCCGACCCUCAGCGGGGGAACCAUGGCCCAGCAAGGCUGAUGCUUUGCUCCGGGUUAACGGCGACGUAGGAAGUGGUGACGUUUUCACCACUCCUGAGAGGCAAGGACGGGAAUCCCCUCCUCAGUUCCAGGCGUCUCCUUCCAUCAUGAGCAGCAGCACUGUAGACGUUCCCUCGUCAGCAGCCUCACAGACACACACCUCGACCAGAGGAGGAAGCCCAGUGGCCACGAAAGCCAGGGAGGAACAAAGUGGCACAGAACCGGCUUCUAAGGAUGCACAAGAACAGAAAGUCAUUGAAAAUUUGACGCAACCAAGCCGGCCCACAUCACUCCCAUCGGAGCUGCAGAAGCCAGAAGAAAGCUUUGAGAAGACAGGAAGUCAGGCUGCUGCAGAGGAGAAGUCAAAUGCUGCAGCUCAACAAGCGCCUCCUGCAGAAGCCAAACAAGAACAACAAACUGAACCAUCUGGCCAAAACGUCUCCAACCUCGCCCCGUCAGGAGUCAGCACAAAGCAUAGUCAGCCAAUCAUUUUACAGACAAUUGUGCCAAGUUCCCUGGAGGCGUCACAGAGAAGGGGAAACGUACCGAGCCUAGCCGCACCUGAGUCAUUUGAAUAUCACCCGCCGAGGGAAACUGCAGGAGUGUGUUUGGUUGUGUGUGAAUGGUGGUUGGUUGUGAUUGUGUGCAUGAAUACGUGUGUGGUGUGUGUAUUUUUGCAUGUGUGUGUUGGGGUCUAUCAGGUGUCAGGGCCGGGGUUGCCCCAGGUCAGGCGGGGGGACCGCUGGUCUUGGGACCCGGAUGAGGAGCGAAAGCGUCAGGAAAGGUGGCAGCAAGAGCAGGAGCGCAUGCUGCAGGAAAAGUACCGGCGUGAGCAGGAGAAGCUGAAGGAGGAGUGGGAGAAAGCCCAGAGGGAGGUGGCAGAGGAGGGGAGGAAGUACCACGAGGAGGAGCGUAGGAUACUGGAGGAGACGGUGGCGCCUCUGACUCCCCGCUCCUCCGCCCUGACCUCUCCAACCCGAGGGGAGGUCUCCUCCAGCUCCGAGCCUCAGGACACCAUCGUGCGCUCGCUGGCCGACUGGGAGCGCAAACAGGAACUGCUGGAGAGCCAGUUGAGGGGGAGCACAGAAAGUGUUGAAUGGAAACGGAGGGAAAACGACAGAACCAGUGACAUCAGCACUGCUGACGACAGCAUGAAAACAGCCAGGAGCUUGUUGAGUCAGAGCAGCAGUCAGGCAGACGCUCUCGGUCAGAGUCUGCAGAACGGCCAAAAGCUUCCAGCGACGACGAACAAAACCUCGACUCCUGUGAAGAAACCAGAAGAGACUCCAGCGGACAGCAACAAGCUCAGCAAGGCUGCAGGAGACAGGAGGAGUGCUCCCAUUGAAAAUAACAUGUGCCGCAGCUCAUCAAAAAACCCCGCAGCAUGCUCCCCACCUCCAGACACUCUGCCUCCAGCGCCCAACAGGUCUGUCAGUGGGAAGAAGCUGUGCUCCAGCUGUGGGCAGGCGUUAGGGAAGGGGGCGGCCAUGAUCAUAGAGACCCUCAGUCUGUACUUCCACAUCCAAUGCUUUAAGUGCGGGGUGUGUAAGGGACUGUUAGGAGACACGACCACGGGGACGGACGUCCGGAUCAGAAACGGCCUCCUCAACUGCCACCCGUGCUACACCCGCUCCCGCUCGGCCGGACAGCCAACCACGUUGUGACGCUCAACAGAAAAACACACUCGGUUCACGGAAGAAACCCCAUCUCUGUUUCCAAACCAAUUCUCUGCAAAAUCAUGUCCUUCACAGCGUGUCGGGAUCCUCUGCAUCCUCUGCAGCUCCAUUACCAAUGAACACUCAUCGUGGGGGGGGGGGAAGCGGGGGACAGUCUUAACGUCUGAAAAAUAUAUAUAUAUCUUCUUGGUGUUUAUGUCAUCUGACAUGCGAGAGCAUUUGAUUGGUCAACGCACCACCUGUCUCAUCAUGCAUCGAGAGAGACUGCUCUGGGGCGGCGGCCAUGUUGAAAGCAAACACAAUAAGAUGCUUCAAACACAGCUAGAUUAUAAAGUGAACGUCUACGCUGUCAGUGAACACGCAAUAAGAAAAUGUGGUGUUCAAGUCUUUUACUACCAAUCAUAAUCAUUUUCCGAGUUGGAAAAAACAUUAAAUUCCAUAUGAUGGAAAUGCAGUAUAUCACAUAUUACUCAUUAUUAUUUAGGAAUUCAUCAUUUGGAUAAAGACUCCCCUAAUUGAUAAGAAAACUGAAUAUGUGAUCAGGCAGCUUAGUAUGGAUUUAUUUCUUUAUAACCAGACUGGAUCUGAAAAAUAUAUAUAUAUAUUUCGCAACAACAAGCAACUAAACAAGACAUAACGGAAGGGGGGGGGGAUACACAUGACAUUACACAGGAGAUGUCAUAUUGACAGGGUCAGAUAGGAGUGCUGCGGACAGUGAACCGUAAUCCUCCUGUCUCGCCUCCAAACCCCCCAGCAGAGAAGCUGCACGCUCCAUGUGCAGCAGGUCCAGCCGUGAGUCCCAAGUGAAGCAGGCUGGUUUGCGUUCCUUCCAGUUUAGUAGGACGAGUGUUUUUGUGGCUAAACAGCCCAAUGUGCAGAGCCCAUCGGCAGUCCUUACAACAUAGCCACCUGGCUCGAGACCCAGUAGACAUGCAAUGGGACAUGUCGGGAAAUUAACAUUUAAAGAUUCAGACAUUAAGGAUAUUACUUCUGACCAAAUUGUGUGCCAUUUUUAAACGAGUACUUGAUUCAAACAAACAUACAGAAA